AUGAAGUCCCCCAAGAUCAAGUCGGCUGCCAAGAACACCGGCCCUCGCCAGGUGCGCUUCAAGGACAACAGCGGUGGUAGCGAUGGCUCUUUCCCAAUCACCCAGGGAACAGCCCCCUCGACAGCUCCUGCCUUCAGCGGCCCUGACAUUGACCACGGUGAAGACGACGGUAUUUUUAUCCACACAUCUACCAAUCCCUCCGCCUCUGUCAACCUUGGCCACAAGUUUCCUGCAGCCUUUCCUCCCUUCGCUCAGACGCCUCACCUUCACGGCAACCCAUUCAUCCCCCACAACUCGAUCCAUCCUGGCUUCGUUCACGAAACAAACGCCUUCACACCAUUCGGAAAAUACAACCCGUACGGCCUUCAAGGUCCUCCUACCAACAUGGCCGACUACCAGAACGUCGCUCCUCCCGCCGGUGGACUUCACUUCCAGCCGCCCGUCCCGGACACCACUCACGGUGUUAUGCAGCACGUCUACGUGCCUCGCUUCGACAACGGCAUGCCUCCCGGCGCUGUCUAUCAUGUCGGUGUCCCUCAAGCCCAAGUCUUCCCGCUGACUUCUCUUGUUGCUCCAAGCGCCACCCCAGUCAUGCUCGGCACGCCUCUUGUUCUUCAUCCUGCCAACAAUGUCACAUACAUUGGCCAAGGCCCCGCGAACCCUCAGUUCAUCAUGGCCCAGCAGCCAGUCAUGCAGCCCGGAAUGGCAAUUCCCCAGCAGCCCAUCAUGCUCCAGGCCCCCCCUGUUGCCAUGAACGGUCCUCCCAUGUUCCAGGGCGUUCAUCCCAUGGGCAUGCAGAUGCCGGGCUGCGGUGGUGUUCCGGUUUUCGCAGGUAAUGCUCAUCUUCCCCCUGAUGUCACGGGAUUUGGCAGAACCGCUGGCGAAAUCGCCGUGGAGCAAGCUCAGUUCGCCCAUGCAAAUGGUCUCUUUGAGCCCCAGGACUUCAAGCCCGCCGAUGACGACCCGUCACGCUACUAUCCAGUUCGAGAGGUUGACGGUAACUGGACCCAGCGCAACCGUUUCACUAUUGACAACCUUGGUGACUGCCGCUGGUAUGUCACCACCGAGGGCUACUUCUACGCCGUCCGUCUGCCCAACUAG